UCCGGUCUGCUCCUCCGGCCCAGCGAGGGAGCCGGAAGUGCCGUGGGCCGCCGCCUCAGUCCCGGCUGCGGCCCCUGCCGGUUAUAUAACUGGUUGCGGGCUCCGCGCGGCCCCACUUCCGGCUCCCUGCGACCCCAGGAUGCGCUGAGCCCCCGGCGCCGUCCGCUGCCGCCGGCUCCCGCCCGAGGUGUGAAUGACAGAGGUGGUGCCAUCCAACGCCCUCAGUGAGGUCAGCCUGCGCCUCCUCUGCCACGAUGACAUAGACACUGUGAAGCAUCUCUGUGGCGACUGGUUCCCCAUCGAGUACCCAGACUCAUGGUAUCGUGACAUCACCUCCAACAAGAAGUUCUUUUCCCUUGCUGCAACCUACAGGGGUACCAUUGUAGGAAUGAUAGUAGCUGAAAUAAAAAGUAGGACCAAGAUACACAAGGAGGAUGGAGAUAUUCUAGCCUCCAACUUCUCUGUUGACACACAAGUUGCAUACAUUCUAAGUCUGGGAGUAGUGAAGGAAUUCAGAAAGCACGGCAUAGGUUCCCUUUUACUUGAGAGUUUAAAGGAUCACAUAUCCACCACUGCCCAGGACCACUGCAAAGCCAUCUACCUGCACGUCCUCACCACCAACAACACAGCAAUAAACUUCUACGAAAACAGAGACUUCAAGCAGCACCACUAUCUCCCCUAUUACUAUUCCAUCCGUGGGGUCCUCAAAGAUGGCUUCACUUAUGUCCUCUACAUCAAUGGCGGCCACCCUCCCUGGACCAUCUUAUAUCCUUUUCUCCUCGGGGGAUUUACCGCCAGGCCCACAGCCUGCUCUGCAGCUUCCUGCCAUGGUCGAGCAUCUCCACCAAGGGCGGCAUUGAAUACAGCCGGACCAUGUGAUGCCAGCCGGGCAGUCUCCAGCAGGCCCCACCCCUUGGCGCCCUGCGGAGCCCACCUUCUUGGCCAUUUGACCUCAACUGUGUUCUGCAGAGGAGCUGGCCUGUCACCGGCCCCAGCUGCAGGCCUGGCGCUACAUGUCGGGAGCAGAGCGUCGUGGGGCGGGUGUGCCCGGUCUCCAACAGGCUCUUCCAGCCCUCCUUCCUGCUCUGGAAACUUCUGCCCUCGCCUUGGUCUGGCCCCCAUGUGAGUGCACCAGCCUCAUAGGCUGGCCAGUGUUCAUUGUGGCCAGCUGCUUCUGCCCUGGGAGUAUGGAGGCAGGAGAGGGCUUCCUUCCCUGCACGCCCUCACUGGCCUCUUCCCCUGCGCUGCCUGUUCCAUCCAAAUCCUUCCUCCAAACCCGGAAUUAACUCCUCAGAGGGAGGAGCCCAAGUGUUAUGGAUAGACGUGGCCCUAAAGACACAGGAGCC